AUGAUCUACAUAUAUCAGAUGACGGGAAAACUGCAUCCUGGUCAUCAUCACAUCAGAAUCGGCCAGAAACACCAGAGAGGUUCCAGGGUCCUCAGGUGA